UGCUUCAGUUUGUUUAUGUAAAUGAAAACGGUCCAUUUAAUUAUGCAAGUGUAAGAUGCUGAGCAACGAAAAAGGCGAAACUUGUUGAGUAACGAAGAGAGAAUAGUGGGCCUUCUUCCAUUCCUGAAGCUGGGACCAGAACAUCAGGACUUUAAGGGAGAAAAGGUAACGGACAAGAAGUUUCUUUCUCCUCACCAACUAAUAGUUGGGCCUGUUUGUAAUCAUGACGGAAGUUCCAGGGUCAACCACUGUAACUGAAUGCAAUGGAGAUAUGUUUUCUGAAAAAGCUCAACUCGCAGGCACUGAAAUUAGUGAAGGAAUGACCAAGUCUUUUGACACUGUUCGAAGUGAUUCUGCAGACACCACUGAUGCACCACUCUCAAAAAGAAAUCAGGAAGAAUGCAAAAAUCCCCAGGGAAAACUGCUAUGUAGAGAUCUAUCUUUGUCUUUGGAUGGAGAACAGCAGUUAGAAGGAGAAACAGAAGAAAUUGUCUCCACUGUCCAAGAGGGAACAGCAAAUAUCUCCCUGCAGGAAGCAAGAGCUGAUGAAGUAACAUCAGGGGCAGGGCUACAGGUGGCCAAGAAUCCAUUCAGCAGUAAUGACCAGGAAAUAACCUGUGAAGAAGAGAGGAGUAUGGUGAAACUUCAAGGAGGAAGAGUUAGAGGAGGAAGAAAAACCGAGAUCUCCCAGGCAGAAGAAGUCGAAGAAGAUCUGGAGCGGCAGACGUCUCAGAAACGCAGCCAAGCUGGAAGUGAGCCUCAACUGACUGGGGAAGUGGAGGAUGAAGAGCGAGAGAAAGAUCACGAUGAUGAUGACGUUAGCGGUGAUGAUGGUGACGAAGACGUCGACGAAGUUAGGUUGAUAGAACUUAAGAAAGAAAAUGGAGAGGAUUCUUGCUUCAAGAUGGAAGAAAAUGGCAGCGAUAGCAGCCCUCCAAGCAGUCCAAGUUUGAGUUCCCAGCCUGCAACGCCUGAAGAGCAGCCAGGCUCAGGGAAGAAAAGUGACAUCUCCAGGCAUAGCUACUCGAGGUAUAACACAAUAUCCUAUCGGAAAAUCAGAAAAGGAAACACGAAACAAAGAAUUGACGAGUUUGAGUCCAUGAUGCACUUAUAAACUGGUGUGAUGAUUCAUUCAAUCGUAUUUAUUGAGCGCUUACUGUGUGCAGAGCACUGUACUAAGCACUAGGCAUGACCAAUGAAAUUAGAGAUCAUUUUAUUUCCCAGACAUAUCUUUUCAUAGCAUUCUUUAAUCAUCUCAUUCUUUAAUAUAUAAUUUCAUAACACUCUUUGAAAGACUAGCCUUAACACUUGCUAUAAAAUCAUUUGGAAGCAGCUAUAGGAGAAAAAUCGACUUCGGUAAACUUAAAUCAAGUUUAUACUAAACUUACUCUUUGGCUCUCAAUUUUGUAACAAGAUUCAGAAAAUGGAAAAUGUUACUAAUGGAUUAUGCAGAGUAUUCAACGAUCAAUACCGUCAAUGGGUCUGGUAGUGCUCUGGCAGUGUAAACUGGUAAAUUUAGUCAGUCUAGUAACCCAAUAAAGGAAACUGCUCUGCACAAUGA